CGACGACAGUGGUAUCGUUGUAUUCCUUUUUCUUGAGAGAAAAGAAACCUUCGGACUCUUAAAUUUCCAUUCGCUGUUCAGUUUGGGAACCAAACCAAGCAUAUUAUCUGGUCAAGCUUCAAGCAUCCUUUGGUCGAUUUACGCCAGCUCUCUCUCUCAUCAAAACACCUUCCUCUCUCUCUCUCUCUAAAACUCUCUCCUACUCCUCUCUCUCUCUCUCUCAGCAGAUAUCCAUUCUGUUCCUCCGCCAUUCGAAGUUCAGAUUCUUUCAUUGAUCAACAAAAAUGCAUGCGAAUCACUUGCUUCUCGAAGAGCCUAUCAGGAUGGCCUCCAUUCUCGAGCCAUCAAAAUCUAGUUUUUUCCCUGCAAUGACAAAAAUCGUCGGGACUUUGGGUCCAAGGUCUCGAUCUGUGGAGGUUAUUUCUGGCUGUCUCAAAGCUGGAAUGUCCGUGGCUCGAUUCGACUUUUCCUGGGGAGGCUCUGAGUAUCACCAGGAGACUUUGGAAAAUUUGAAGGCGGCUGUGAAGGGUACUAAGAAGCUCUGUGCGGUUAUGUUGGACACAGUGGGUGCUGAGUUGCAGGUUGUUAAUAGAAGUGAGACCUCUAUUUCGCUUAAGGCGGAUGGUAUUGUUGUUCUGACACCUCACCAGGAUCAGGAUGCCUCUUCUGAAGUAUUGCCUAUCAACUUUUCUGGACUGUCAAAGGCAGUGAAGAAAGGAGACACCAUAUUUGUUGGGCAAUACCUUUUCACAGGAAGUGAAACUACUUCUGUUUGGCUGGAGGUGGAUGAAGUGAAAGGGGAAGAUGUGGUUUGUGUGAUAAAGAAUACUGCAACAUUAGCUGGGUCAUUGUUCACUCUACAUGCCUCUCAAAUUCAUAUUGAUCUUCCUACCCUCUCAGAUAAAGAUAAGGAGGUCAUAAGUACGUGGGGUGCUCAUAAUAAAAUUGACUUCCUCUCGCUCUCUUAUACGCGACAUGCAGAAGAUGUUCGUGAAGCCCGUGAUUAUCUAUCUAAGCUGGGUGAUCUCAGUCAGACUCAAAUCUUUGCAAAAAUUGAGAAUGUAGAGGGUUUGACCCAUUUUGAUGAGAUUCUACAAGAAGCAGAUGGUAUCAUCCUGUCCCGUGGAAAUCUGGGCAUAGAUCUCCCACCUGAGAAGGUGUUCUUAUUUCAAAAAGCUGCUCUUUACAAGUGUAAUAUGGCUGGAAAGCCCGCUGUGGUAACUCGUGUUGUGGAUAGUAUGACUGACAAUCUUAGACCAACUCGUGCAGAAGCAACUGAUGUUGCCAAUGCUGUAUUGGAUGGAAGUGAUGCGAUCCUGCUUGGUGCUGAGACCUUGCGUGGAUUGUACCCCAUAGAGACUAUUUCUAUUGUUGGUAAAAUUUGUGCUGAGGCGGAGAAGGUUUUCAAUCAAGACUCAUAUUUUAAGAAGACUGUCAAGUAUGUUGGAGAACCAAUGACCCACUUGGAAUCCAUUGCUUCUUCUGCGGUGCGGGCAGCUAUUAAGGUGAAGGCAUCUGUUAUUAUUUGCUUUACUUCAUCUGGAAGGGCUGCUAGAUUAAUUGCCAAGUAUAGGCCAACAAUGCCCGUUCUAUCGGUUGUCAUUCCUCGGCUCAAGACAAAUCAACUAAAGUGGAGUUUUAGUGGUGCAUUCGAGGCAAGGCAGUCACUUGUAGUCAGAGGUCUUUUCCCCAUGCUCGCAGAUCCUCGACAUCCUGCUGAAUCUACUAGUGCAACAAACGAGUCAGUUCUGAAGGUUGCACUUGAUCAUGGCAAGGCCUCGGGAGUUAUAAAGUCACAUGAUCGAGUUGUCGUGUGUCAGAAAGUUGGGGAUUCAUCCGUGGUUAAGAUCAUUGAGCUUGAAGAUUAGAACGCUUCGCUUACCCUUAUUUUGAGCCAUUCUUUUUGACCUAAUAUUUGGGAGUGUUUUUGGAAUCACAUGUGAGGUUUAAAUUUUGAGUUUUUGGAUAUUAUCUUACAAUGUCACAUAUAUUAUGAAUGUAUGCUUUUUAUCGAAACUAGAGUGAUGAAAAUCAAGCCAAGUUUAUACUUUUGAAAUUCAA